GAGAAACCUCGAGCGAGACUGAAACUCUGGCAGGCGGAGUGCAUUUCGGACCUCAUUCGACAUAACUAUGGGAUCGUCGGUCGUCGCCAUCGCGGCAGUCCUCGUACUUUUUGCAACUGCCAAUAUCGAAGCCAAGACAGCCAAGGAAAUAUGCGCGUCGCCAACGUGCAAUCGCGCAGGUACUACCUCGGAUCCCAUUUCGAUGGACAGAGCACUCGUCAUUGCACCUUGCGUCGGUGAAGACAUGGGAUGUUUUGGCUACGGAGCAAAUGGUGCGUGUCCGUUCGCGAACAUGGUGGAUUGUAGCAAGCAGCCGCCGCCGCCGACAACGGUCGCGUCAACAACCUCCGUUUCUCCCUCCUCCACCCACGCGCCAACUACAGCCACGACACCCACAACGAGCCCGAAGCCUACCGACGCCGAAAGCAGCGGCAGCAAUUACCCGUACAUCAUUGCCGGUGGUGCCGUCGCGUUGAUUGCCAUCGGCGCCCUCGUGUUUAUCCUUAUUCGAAAGUCCGGUGGCCGCAACAACCAGGAAGACGACGACAUCGAAGUCGCCAAUUACGCCAAAGCCGUACCAGUUCAGGGCAAGGACGACCCUUCCGCGUACGGGUACCCCGAGCAGGAGAACAAGUCGUUCGGAGAAGUUCCGAUGCACCAACGCCACAACAAAUCGUUUGGGAACCAAGAUCUCCGUCGUCAAAACACGGGCUCCUUCGUCACGCCCGCACAGCCCAUCGCGCGGCCCAACACGACGUCAUUCCUUCAGAACAACCAAGGGCUUGUGGUCGUGCCCCAUGUCGAAACCAAGGAGCAGUUUUACGUCCCAGAGUCGACUCAAGACUAUCAUCAUCCUGGCGCCCCUGCAGCCCCGGAGCCGAAUCGAAGGGAGUCGUUCGAGUUCUAGGGGUCUUUACGAACUCGGACGGAUGUAUAGGUGGGAGGGAUGCUAGGUACUAAUAAGGAGUUAACUGGCGGACAAUAAUAUGUCAUAUGAAUCCAA